AUGGCAGCCAAACCCAACUACAAACUCUCACAAGAGCAAAUCGAUCACUUCAUGAAACAUGGGUACUUGCGUCUACCGGAGUGUUUCUCUCAGGAGAAAGCAACCGAAUGGGCAGGCGAUGUGUGGACUAGGCUCGGUGUGUCACCGGUGGACAAGUCAACAUGGACAACUGAAGUUACCCACAUGGGCGACACCAAGGAAGAGCCAGCCAGGACCUUCGCCCCCAAGGCAUGGGCCGCCAUCUGCGAGCUUCUCGGGGGCGAAGACCGUGUAGCCCCAAAUUCAGCCGCCUGGAACGAUGCACUGAUUGUCAAUCUCGGCUCGCCUGAAUCCGAGGGUACAUGGCCCCAUCCUGCUGACCUGAAGGGGUGGCAUGUCGAUGGCGACUUCUUUACCCAUUAUCUUGAUUCGCCUGAACAGGGUCUACUCGUUAUACCCCUAUUUACAGAUAUCCAGGAACGUGCGGGUGGCACUAUGAUCUGCCCUGAGGCGAUGAAAUAUGCUGCUCAGCAUUUGUACGAUAACCCUGAGGGUGUGUCACCAUAUAUGUACCCCCGCGGCCAAGAGCCUGCUGGAAAACAAACGGAUACGCCCUUUUAUACGGAUGUUGUAAAGAAUUGCAGCGAAUUCCACCAGGCGACCGGUAAGGUGGGCGAUGUCAUUCUUCUCCAUCCUUUGAUGUUUCAUUCUAUCUCUGUCAACAGCUUGAGACAUCCACGCGUGAUUACCAACCCACCAGUGGCCUUGAAACAGCCUUUUAAUUUUGACCGGGAUGAGCCCUCCGAAUACAGUCUUGUCGAGAAGAAGACACUAGAGCUGCUUGGCAAAGACAGGCUGCCUGGUUGGAAAAUAACAGGGAAGCGAGAGUUUGUUCUUCCGGAGAGGCUGAAAGAUGCAAAAAAUGGAUGGAGUGAGAGUGAGGUAGAGAGGCUCGUGAACAUCACCGGACAACCCAUGCCCAUGUCAGCCUAA